UCCACAAGUUUCCUUUUUCAUAUCUUGGUAAAUUUUCAAUGGGACUAUCACGGUUGGACCCAUCAUCCAUGUACCCACAAGUGCACUUGCAAGCUGUCACAGAGGAACAGUAACAGAAAGCCUAGCAUGUCCUGAUCUGUACACUUGCGCUCCUACGGGAUAGGCUUUUUGGGUCCUGUUUCCAGUGUGUGUGGAGGUCGAAUGAGCAUAAAUCGACUUCCUACCCAUAUCCGUGCUGGGACAAAUCUACAGGGGGUCACGUCGAUACGAGUGAUGCCGUGAGAGGCCAGUUGAAGGUGCGGCACCGCGGAGGCUGCAAACCAGUGUACGAGAUCAGUUGAGAAGCGUACAUCACCGAAACCGGGCGCCUAUUUAGUACUAGAGGGAGUCAUGAAGCUUGUGGUUUAUCUCAGACACCAGCGCGUGUUUUCUGCUUGCAUGAGGGUGUCGUCGCCAUCGAGAAGCCCAGGCCACGUUUUUCUGAAGAGAGGUUCGUCAGAUAAUUCGAAACCAAAGAUCAGCGGUGUCGUGGAUACCCUGAUCUUCGCCGGAGGGAGUAUGAAGGUGGCAUGCGUCAUCCAGCACGAAGCCGUCGAGCUGUGUCUAGAAAAGGUUAAACCAAACCAUGCACAGAAGAGUUUGCAGCUUUGGAUGUGUGUGCACCUCGUCGGAGAAGAAGCGAGUGAAGAAGUUUGCACCUUGGGCCUGGCUCUUAGAUCCACAAUGCCAUGAGCGUAGAAAUACUCUUGCCAAACUCGAAGAAAAUAUUUCGAUUUUGUGGAAAAUUUCUAUACAUAAUCCAUGAACAUCCAAGGAGGAAGCAUGCUUAUUUUGUCUGAAGAUCAGCAGGGUCUAGCACACGGCAUUGUAGGUCUAAGAGCUGGGUCGAGAGUGGAGAAUUGCAAGACAGCGAGGAGAAGAACCAUUUCAGCUUCUACAGUAAGUUGUGAAUUGUCUUUGAAGUUUUAGACCACAAAUAUGGACACCGAAAUGAUCAGUCAACUUCUUAUUAGUUUCCAUUUGAUUAUAUCUCAUUCUUCCUCUCAAAAAAUAAAAAUAUAAAAGAGUGGAAACCUCACUAAAAUUCCUGGAGUCCUUCAACAUGAAAUUCAACUUCUGAAGAAUCGUGAAUGUUGUCAUUGUAAAGCUUAGGCUAGUGAGUUUCAGUUUACAUAUUUUUAUUCAUAAUAUGUAUGUAUGUAUAUAUAUAUAUAUAUAUAUAUAUGUAUAUAUAUUCUUAACCAAUUGCUGAAUCUUUUAAGUGCUUUUCUUCAGUCAGUUUUCACCAAGGUCAAGUCCUAAUUUGCUUCCAAACCUUUCAAAUCUGAUGUUUCCUGUGCAAAGCAAUAUUUAGCUGUUUGAAGUAGUAACAGUUAUAAUCACUGUUGGAUCCCAUGAAUUACUUUACACCAUGUAUUGUAUUUGACAUGCAGAAAAUCAGGUACAAAUCUAUGGUAACAGGUGGAGAUCAUGGUGUAAAUAAGAGAAGUUGGUUACCUAGCUACAUAUCUAUCUAUCUGAUUGGUUCUGAUUAACGCAAUCUUUUUAUUUUUUGGAAGGGUUUUGCGAGUGAUACUGCAAUCCUUAAGACUUUGAUUCAUCAUUCUCCAAGACCUCAACUGGUGUGUGGUCUGUUGGAUAAAGCACUAUGACACACAAGCUUUUGUACUAGUAUUUAUCAUUCUGAUCAUUAUUUGGCAGGGGAUUUGAAAAGCUGGUUGUUUCAAUGCUUUGAGAUUCAGGAUAUUCUGGAGUGUGAAGUUCCAUUGUCAACAGCCUUGUCCUAAUUGUUGCAAGUUACUUGGAUAAUAAGAGAUGGGGAACAGGUCUUUAGAAUCUAGGUUAGACUUCCUAAUCCCUAUUUUUAAUUGAGUAGUAGUGAGACCUCUUUCAACCCCAUAGAGAUUAUAAGGCUCACAAACAGGCAGUACUUUUGUUGCCUCAUUUGCUUUUUAAUCACUCCUUACCUGUAUCCUCCAUACAUGCCCACAGAAGAAUUUGCACAAACAAACAUUGUUCUGUUGAAUGGUUUCAUAUCACAGGAUGAGUGAGAAUAACAUGAGUUAUUCUUUCAAGUUAUACAAGCAGAGAUUGGGUAGAAAUGGGUAAUAUAGCUUGACUUGAUUUAAGUAUCUUUAUGGAUUGAAGCAUAUGACUAGUAUUACAAUCACAAAUAUUAUAUCUAUUUCUCCUACAGACACAGUAAGAUUUCACAGUAUUCCUCAUAUGAGUGGAAAGAGUUAGGAGCAGUAGACAUAUGUAAUGUAUGAAUAUGAAACACCUGGUGAAAGUAAAAGUUUGUCAAGUUAAGUGGUA